CAUCAGGCAGCAGCAAGACACCCAAACCAUGAAUCAACUCCAUCUCGGUCUUUCCUCAAGUCGUAUGUCUCCCAGUCCAUCGACGACAUGAGUCGGCUCAUCGGGAGUUUGUGCACUGCAUCCUGGACCCGCCGGCGAGCCCUUCAGAAUGCAACAAAUCCCGUUCGGGUAUGCCUCCCUUGGCCAUCAUGACACCACCCCCAGCCUGAGGAAUGGCACGACUUACUGCUUCAGCCAUGUCUGGAACGAUAGAGAGGCGCGAUUCGAGACCUGCUUUCUGCCCAUCGUGGCGUGUGUGCCAGCGGCACUCGCAGCGCUGGUAAUCUUCUUCCAGGCCCUCACCCUCCUCAUACCCUGGCGACCACGAUGGACCAGGCCGUUCGUGGAAGAGGUCUACUAUUUUCCGGUGGAGGACGAAUUCCUACCCAAGCGUCGCUGGAGCCCAUUUGUGCCUGCUCUCAUUGUCCUGUCACUUGCUGGCUUCCUCCUCCAAUCCCUCGUUGCAACCGCGACAUGGUUCGAGCUGGGCAGACUGGCUCCCUUGGCGACCUGGUUUGCCGUGUCCGCACUCCUGUUCAUCUACAGGCCGACAACCGCACCCUACUCCGUCUUGGCCAUUUUGUCGCUCCAGGCGGUCGUCCAUGUCGCCUUUUUGGUGGAUGACGGCUGGUAUCGAAAUGGUCAGGAACAAAACUACGGCAUCUCCACCUUGGUCCUGAGCAUAGUCGGCAUCGGGGUCAUCCUAAUCAUGCCUUUGCGCAACCCAAAUCUCCCGACUAAGGACAUCAGCAUGCCAAUGUCUGAGCCCACCUCCUCUUUACGCAGCCCAGAGGACAAUUUGACACUUUGGCAAUUUCUGACGGUUUCCUGGAUGACGCCGCUCAUCAGCAUCGGCUACAAGCGCCAGCUGGAAGACGAGGAUGUGUGGCACUUAGCGUACGAGUUCCAGCAUCAAAGAUUGCACGAUAACUUCCGGCUACUCAAAGGCACCGUCAUCCGACGUUUGAUCAAAGCGAACGCCAUUGACAUUUGCAUCCUGAUUGUGCUUGGAGUUCUUCGAAUGUUCCUCACGUACUCACCCAUCGUGCUCCUCGAACUUCUGCUGAGCUCGAUGCAAGAUCCCCUUUCGCCGAAAAGAGCAGCCGUCACUUACGCGGCAAUCUCGCUUGUACUUAGAUACAUUGCCUGCCAAUCUGGUCCCCUCAGCUUGUGGUAUGGCAGACGGUGCUACGAGCGAUCCCGCGGCGAGAUGAUCACCAUGCUGUACGAGAAGACUGCCGGCAGAAAAAUCGCUUUCGCUCCCGAUGAGAGUGAGAAGACUUCCUCCAACGGGAGUGCCAAUGGGCAUUUGAACAAUGAAGACUCUCGCAAGGGUGAGACUAUGCCUUGGUGGAAACGAACAUGGGUCAAGUCGGUGUCCAUGUUCAAGCGAAAGACUUCCACUCCCAUCCCAGUCAAGGAGACCGCAUCGAUGGGGAAGAUCCUCAAUCUCAUGCGAAACGACGUGUACGAAAUCGCUCAAAGAUUCUGGGAGAUCCAGGAGCUCGUCAACAAGCCCUUGAGCGUCGUGUUGUCGAUUGCCCUUGUCGUUCGCUUACUCGGGUGGUCGUCGCUGCUUGCUGUGGUGGCAGUAGUCAUCGCUCAGGCCAUUAUUGCCAUCCUUGUGAGGUUCAGAGUCCACUACGAAAGGCGCAUGCGAGCUGCUCGCGACAAUCGGCUACAGGUCGUCUCACAGUUCGUCGAAGCCAUCCGACAUUUGCGCUGGUACGGUUGGCAGCACGCAUGGCUAACGAAAAUUACGGCUGCUCGGCAGAAGGAACUUCAUCUACGCAUCGUCCUCGGGCUAUAUGUCACCGUCAUCGGCUUCAUCAACACUCUCGCGUCGGAGACCUCUCCUGUGAUAGCAUUCUUCGCUUACACGAUUAUUGCCCGCAAGCCCCUUACUGUGGACGUGGCUUUCCCGGCAAUGCAACUGUCCAACAUGAUGAUCGCAGCCCUACGAGAUCUGCCCGACUUGCUCAACACCAUCGUCAAUGCGUACGUCGCCGUAGGUCGUAUUGAGGACUACAUGGCUGAGCCUGAUAAGCCGGAGAUGAAUACAGAAGCCCUACUAGGCGAGAGCGUGGCGCUGGAAAGGGCAUCGUUCGCGUGGCCUGGGAAAACAGAACCAGUGCUCAAGAAUUUGGACCUGGAGUUUCCGGCUGGCCUAACUGUGGUCUUUGGGGAGGUGGCCUCCGGCAAGACCGCCCUUUUGCAAAGCAUACUCGGUGAACUAGACAUGCUGGAAGGGCAACUUAUGCGACCCAACGAGCCGAUUGGAUAUUGUGCACAGGCGCCAUGGCUUCAAAGUAUGAGCGUGCGAGAGAACAUCCUCUUCUCCGCGCCUUAUGAAGAGCAACGGUACCGCACAGUCCUCGACGCCUGCGCUCUGGUGCCCGAUAUUGCAGAGUUCAAAGCUGGAGAUCUGUCACUUGUUGGCGAGAAUGGUAUUGGACUUUCCGGUGGCCAGCGUGCUCGGAUGGCGUUGGCAAGAGCGUUGUACAGCAGCGCGAACAUCUUGCUCCUCGACGACCCUUUGUCAGCACUCGACCAGCAAACUGCAGAGUCGAUAGUGCAGAAGUGCUUCGCGGGGGACAUGCUCAAAGGGAAGACGGUGGUAUUGGUGACGCACAGAACAGAUUUGGUCCUGCAACAUGCGACUCAAGUCAUUGAGAUCGAGGAAGGCGUGGCCGAAGUCAUCGAUCGAACCACCUUCGUGUAUCACCCAGCGAAACGCGACCAUCCCAGCCAGCCCGCAGACGAGACUCUAAGUGAGAUCCAGCCUGCCGAACAGCCAGCAACGGUCGUCCCGGACAAAUUCAUGGAAGACGAGUACAGAGCACAGGGUGGCGUGAAGGCUUCCGUCUACUGGGAAUUCGUCAAAGCUGGAAAGCGGCGUUGGUGGUGUGUGCUGAUUUUCGUCCUCGCAUUCUACCGCCUGUCGAAUAUCGCUCAAGCCUGGUUUCUUAAGAGCUGGGGCGAGGCCUACGGCGAGCAGUCCAGCAUCGUUCUCUAUGCCCAACAUGACGGUCCAGUUCCUACGAACGCUAAGCCGGACUUUCUAGGCUUUCUCCCGCCUCCGGAUGUCGAUACCAACCCCUGGUUGCUGGUGUUUCUCACUCUCGCCCUCUUUGAAUGUCUGUCAUACCUCCUGUUCCGCGUCACCAUUGUCGUGAUCAUGUACACCACGGCCAAGGAGAUGUUUGCAGCCAUCAUGGAGCGCGUGGCCGGCGCCACUUUCCGCUUCUACGACGUCACGCCGGUCGGUCGUCUGAUGAACCGCAUGACCUCUGAUAUCGGGGUGAUUGAUGGCAACAUCAGUAUGCAGCUACACACUGUCGUCUGGCUGGGAAUUUCUUGGAUCACAGCAUUGAUCACCGUCGGUGCUGUCACGCCUAGCUUCCUCGCCUUCACCGCGCUCUUGACACUCGCCUUUGUCAUGAUCUUUCUGCGCUUCAUCCCCACCUCACAGAGCCUUCGGCGGCUUGAAAUGGUGUCGCUCACGCCAUUGAUGUCGAACUUCGGCGCGCUGCUCCAAGGUCUGACCACCGUCCGGGCGUUCCGUGUUCAACAGCAAUUCCAGGACCGCGUGGUCCGCGUGGUCGACACUUUCCAGAAAAUGGACCAUUUCUACUGGAGUUUGCAAGCCUGGAUGAUGUAUCGCUACGAGGUCUUGGCUGCGACAGCAACGUUUGUCGUGACUAUGAUAGCGCUCGCUACGAACCUGUCGGCGGGAUUGACGGCCUUUGUGCUCUACGCCGCUAGCAAAUUGGUCGGGACUACGCACUCGCUGUGUAUACAGUACGGUCAGCUGCAAAUGGAGUUUGUCUCUGUGGAGCGAGUGGUGGAGCUGAAGCAUCUCGAGCAAGAGCCGAAGGGCUCCAUCAGUCCGCCGGCAUGGUGGCCCUCGUUCUCGGGCGACCUGCACUUCGAUGAUGUGACGAUCAGAUACGCACCGCACCUCGACCCGGCUCUCAAAGGCAUCUCCUUCACGGUCAAAGGAGGCUCCAAGACGGCCGUCAUUGGCCGCACGGGGUCGGGAAAGAGCACGCUCGCACUCUCCAUGCUCGCCACCAUCGUCCCGGAAGCAGGCAAGAUUUCCCUCGACAACGUCGACCUGGCAGAAGUAGACAGGCAACUCUUGCGCACGCGAAUCACCUUCGUAGCGCAAGACCCCAUCCUCUUCCCCGGCACGAUGCGCGAGAACCUCGACCCCGUGCAGCAGCACAGCGACGCCGAGUGCGAACUCGUCCUGGAGCGAGUCUGCGCGCGCCAAGACUGGACGCUCGACACGAAAGUCGAAGCAGGCGGGCGGAAUCUGAGUCAAGGGCAGCGGCAGCUCGUCGGGCUUGCGCGGGCCGUGCUGCGCCGCAGUGCGAUUAUCAUUCUCGACGAGGCGACGGCUUCCAUUGAUCGGGAGACGGCGGCGCAGAUUCAGCAGGUCAUGUAUGAGGAGAUGAAGGAGAGUACUGUCAUUACGAUUGCGCAUCGACUAGAGGCGGUCAUGCAUGCGGAUUAUUGUAUUGUGCUUGGCAAGGGGAGGAUAUUGAGGCAGGGGACGGCGGCGGAGAUGUUGGAGAAGACGGGCGUGGAGGAGGAGCUGGAGGGGGAUGCGGAGGGUUAGGCUGGACUGGAUAGAUAGAUUCAUGUUCGUCUAGAAAUAUUGCGCUAUGGAUAGAAUGUACUACUUUAGAACGUGGUCGAAUUGAUCUCGAAUCAUUG